AAGUGAGUUAACAAACCUAACAUAGGGUAACAAAUUCACAUCAUGCGUGCCAUCCCUUUUUAAUUCUGAUUCUCUCUCUCUCUCUCUCUCCUUCUUCUUCCUCUUUCUCUUUGUCUGUCACUGUCUUUCGGGUUAGUUUACAAUGACUGAACCUUCCAAGGUCAUUCAUGUUCGAAACGUGGGGCACGAAAUAUCUGAAAAUGAUUUACUUCAGCUAUUUCAGCCUUUUGGAGUCAUAACAAAGCUUGUGAUGCUGCGUGCAAAAAAUCAGGCUCUUCUCCAAAUGCAAGAUGUUCCAUCUGCAGUUAGUGCUUUACAAUUUUAUGCAAGUAUUCAACCAAGCAUAAGGGGAAGGAAUGUUUAUGUACAGUUUUCCUCACAUCAAGAGCUAACAACAAUGGAUCAGAAUCAAGGACGAGGAGAUGAGCCAAACCGAAUUCUCUUAGUUACAGUUCAUCACAUGCUGUAUCCUAUAACAGUGGAUGUGCUGUAUCAAGUAUUUUCUCCUCAUGGAUCUGUGGAAAAGAUUGUAACAUUUCAGAAGUCAGCUGGCUUUCAAGCUCUUAUCCAGUAUCAAUCAUGUCAGAGUGCUGUUGCUGCAAGAAGUACACUUCAGGGACGUAAUAUAUAUGAUGGAUGCUGUCAGCUGGACAUUCAGUUCUCAAACCUUGAUGAAUUACAAGUGAACUACAAUAAUGACCGUUCAAGGGACUUCACAAACCCAAAUCUCCCUACAGAGCAGAAAGGCAGACCCUCUCAACCUGGAUAUGGUGAUGCAGGAAACAUGUAUUCUGUUCAAGGUUCUGGAGCCAGGGCAGUUGGAUUUCCACAGAUGGCCAAUGCUGCAGCCAUUGCAGCUGCAUUUGGGGGAGGUUUGCCUCCUGGAAUAACUGGGACAAAUGACAGGUGUACAGUUCUUGUCUCAAAUCUUAAUCCUGAUAGAAUAGAUGAGGAUAAACUGUUCAACUUAUUCUCCAUUUAUGGGAAUAUUGUGAGAAUUAAACUUCUCCGAAAUAAACCAGACCAUGCACUUAUCCAGAUGGGCGAUGGCUUCCAAGCUGAAUUGGCAGUGCACUUUCUGAAGGGAGCCAUGUUGUUUGGGAAAAGAUUGGAGGUCAACUUUUCCAAGCAUCCAAACAUAACACAAGGUGCUGACACACAUGAGUACAUCAAUUCAAAUCUCAAUCGUUUCAAUCGUAAUGCUGCUAAAAACUACCGGUAUUGCUGCUCGCCAACAAAGAUGAUCCAUUUGUCCACACUCCCACAAGACAUCACUGAUGAGGAGAUUGUGAGCCUUCUAGAGGAGCAUGGAACCAUUGUCAACAGCAAGGUCUUUGAGAUGAAUGGGAAAAAACAGGCCCUGGUUCAGUUUGAGACCGAGGAGCAGGCUACUGAAGCUCUUGUGUGCAAGCAUGCGAGCUCACUUUCUGGCUCAGUAAUCAGGAUCUCCUUUUCCCAGUUACAGAAUAUAUGAGACUUUGUUAAGCACAGUAAGGACAAGGGUUCUGAAUUUGGGAAGCAUAAUUUUUAUGCAGAUGAUCGUCCUCUUCAUUAUAUUGUAAUGGUCACCUUGCUUACUAAUUUACUGAUAAGAUCUUCUCUUUGACUUUUUCUCUUCUAAUUAUUUGCCUUCUCAUCUGCAUUGCUCUACUAGUGCUUUAGGUUGCUAACAUAAUGUAGUUAGGGGUAGAUUUUUAUGAUUGUGGAUAGGUCGAGUCUUUGAAGAAUAGAAAGGAAGGGAAAUCACUACCUUCUGCUGGAGGGAUUGCUUUUUUAUUUUAUUUUUAAAUCAUUGUUGUAUAUGUUUUGUGAUUCAGGCUAAGUAGGCCUUUCUGUUGUAUUCUCAAUCCAUAUCAAAAUCUUCUUGUCCAACUUAGCAAAUAUCUAUUGGUUUGCUCUCUCCUUUUGCAGCUACAUAUUUUCCUCUCCCUCCUUCAGUCUCUCUUUUCAUCUCCUAUUCUUCCUUCUUCCUUGCAUUCUCAUGGAUUGAAAACAUGUUGGUUAUUUCUUCUCCUCCUCCUCCUUUUGACGAUUUUCUCUACCCCUUUUAUCCCUCUCAAUCAGCUGGCUGAGAGAAUGGAAAUUGGAAACAUUAGGUUAAGAGAGGGGCCUUUACUAUAUGUCCUCGGGCACUGCUUUAAUGCUUCUUGUAGCAAGAAAUUCUUACAUUGGCUAUGCCUAUCGUAAUCAACGGCAUGGCUUCACAGGUUUAA